CACACUUUCUGCCGGGCAGCAUGGCGGACGCAGCCCCUCAAGGCAGUAAGAGAAAACGCGAUCUGGACGCCGAGGAGGCGGAAGCCCCCAGCACAAAAGAAAAGGAAGCAGGCUUUGGGAAUGGUACCGCUGCCCCUGUCCGCCUACCUUUCUCCAGCUUUAGAGUGAAAAAAGUGCUGAGGGAAUCCGCGCGGGACAAAAUCAUCUUCCUACACGGGAAGGUGAAUGAGGCCGAUGGGGAUGGGGAUGGAGAGGAUGCCGUUGUGAUCCUGGAGAAGACGCCAUUUCAGGUGGAACAGGUGGCCCAGCUCCUGAACGGCAGCCCUGAGCUCCAGUUACAGUUCUCCAAUGAUAUCUACAGCACCUAUCACCUGUUCCCUCCAAGGCAACUGAGUGAUGUAAAGACAACCGUGGUUUACCCUGCCACAGAGAAGCACCUGCAGAAGUACCUGCGCCAGGACCUCCGCCUGGUCCGAGAAACAGGAGGCGAUUACAAGAACAUCACCUUACCCCACCUGGAGUCCCAGAGCCUCAGCAUCCAGUGGGUGUAUAACAUUCUCGACAAGAAAGCAGAAGCUGACCGGAUUGUUUUUGAGAACCCGGAUCCCUCUGAUGGCUUUGUUCUCAUCCCUGACCUCAAGUGGAACCAACAGCAGCUCGAUGACCUGUACCUGAUUGCCAUCUGCCAUCGCCGGGGCAUCAAGUCACUUCGGGACCUUACUCCAGAGCACCUGCCACUGCUCAGGAACAUCCUCCGGGAGGGGCAGGAAGCCAUCCUGCAGCGCUACCAGGUGAAGGGAGACCGCCUCCGAGUGUACCUGCACUACCUGCCCUCCUACUACCACCUGCACGUGCACUUCACCGCCCUGGGCUUCGAGGCCCCUGGCUCAGGGGUGGAGCGGGCUCACCUGCUGGCAGACGUGAUUGAGAACCUGGAGUGUGACCCGGAAUACUACCAGCAGCGCACCCUCACCUUUGCCCUCAGGGCUGAUGACCCCCUGCUCACGCUCUUGCAGGAGGCCCAGAAAAGCUGAGCUGGCCCAGGGGCUCUCGGGAGAAGGGCACAAAUAUGUGGGAUUGAGGGUGGGGGGAUGGAAUUUUUAGAACCAACUAAAUUUUUUAAAAAUACGUUUUGUACUGGCUAGCCCUAGUUUGUGAAUAAAGUAUUGGUCUCA